AUGGAAGGGGCAUCGUACCAGCGCUUUCCGAAGGUGAAGAUCCGAGAGCUCAGAGAUGACUAUGCCAAAUUCGAGCUCCAUGACACUGAUGUUAGCAUGGCCAACGCCCUCCGUCGCGUCAUGAUCGCCGAGGUCCCCACCAUCGCCAUCGACCUGGUAGAAAUUGAAGUGAACUCCUCAGUUCUCAACGAUGAGUUCAUCGCCCAUCGCCUCGGUCUCAUUCCCCUCACUAGCGAGCGUGCCAUGUCUAUGCGCUUCUCUCGCGACUGUGAUGCUUGUGAUGGUGAUGGCCAGUGCGAGUUUUGCUCUGUCGAGUUUCACCUUCGUGCCAAGUGCCACUCUGACCAAACCCUAGACGUCUCCAGCAAGGAUCUCUAUAGUUCUGAUCACACUGUUGUCCCUGUUGAUUUCUCUGAUUCUGCAGCUGCUGCUGGUGAAGCGCUUGAUACCAAAGGAAUAAUCAUUGUGAAGCUACGUCGGGGUCAAGAAUUGAGGUUGAGAGCCAUAGCCAGGAAGGGCAUUGGUAAAGAUCAUGCAAAAUGGUCGCCUGCAGCAACUGUGACAUUCAUGUAUGAACCAAGCAUUCACAUCAAUGAAGAUCUAAUGGAAACAUUAACACUAGAGGAAAAGACUUCCUGGGUUGAAAGUAGCCCAACCAAGGUCUUUGAAUUGGAUCCUGUUACCCACCAGGUUCUGGUGGUUGAUCCAGAGGCAUACACUUAUGAUGAUGAAGUGAUUAAGAAAGCAGAAGCAAUGGGUAAAGCUGGACUAGUGGAUAUCACUGCGAAAGAAGAUAGUUUUAUCUUCACAGUUGAAUCUACCGGUGCAAUAAAAGCUUCCCAGUUGAUACUCAAUGCCAUAGAUAUUCUGAAACAGAAACUGGAUGCAGUCCGCCUUUCAGACGAUACUGUAGAAGCAGAUGAUCAGUUUGGUGAGUUAGGUGCACAUAUGCGAGGUGGAUGAUCCAGAUACCAGGCCUUCCCAUAUGUUUCUAGGAGGCUGUCAAAAAGAUGCUCAAAAUUUUGUCUGAGAAAGUCAGACAUGGCUGCCUGCACACACCUUUGCUGCUUCCUCUGAGAACAGUUGACUCUUCAAAGGCUGGAUUCUUUCGGGGCCCCUAAGGAAGAAAACAACAACCAGAACCUUCUCUGAGUUAUUUUGGAAUUCAACUACUCUUAUUAUCUCAACCACUUUAAAAUGGACUUUACUCAUGUUUCUCUUCAUUUCUUCUUAUUAACCUGUUUGGGAAUGGUGUUACACGGCAAAUUUUAUUAACCUGUUUUUGUUUUGAGUUGUUCUUAAGAGUAUUUGUUCUUUGGACUUGGUGGACAAAUCUUU